UGUAUCUAUAUAUACCCCUGCAGCUUAAGGGCUAUACAGAAUUGUUGUUCUUUUAGUCGUAAAAGGGCAGGGCAGGGCAGGGCAGGGCUGCUCAUCGAACCCAGAUGGAGGCCCUUGUGAAGGCGGAUGCGGCGGCGGAUCUUAACCAGGCGUUGAUUCGAAGGGAUGAAGAUCGACCUCGUCGGUCGGAGGAGCUAUGGUCGAAGUUAUGGGUUGAAACCCAGAAGCUAUGGCUAAUUGUUGGCCCGACUAUUUUCGCCCGUGUUGCGACUUUCUCUAUGAAUGUUAUAACCCAAGCGUUUGCGGGUCAUCUUGGUGAUGUUGAACUCGCUUCCAUUUCGAUUGCUAAUACUGUUAUUGUUGGGUUCAAUUUUGGGCUAUUGUUGGGUAUGGCGAGUGCAUUGGAGACGCUAUGUGGGCAAGCGUAUGGAGCUAAGAGGUUUCAUAUGUUGGGGAUUUACUUGCAGCGGUCGUGGAUAAUGCUGUUCUUGUGUUGCUUUUUGUUACUUCCCUUUUAUGUUUAUGCUACUCCGGUUCUGAAAAUGCUGGGACAGGCGGAGGAUGUGGCGGAGCUAUCUGGGGUGGUGGCGAUUUGGUUAAUACCACUUCAUUUUAGCUUUGCGUUUCAGUUUCCAUUGCAGGUGUUCUUGCAGUGCCAGCAUAAGACCCUUGUGAUAGCUUGGGUGUCUUUGGUGGGGUUGGUGGUGAAUGUUGUCACCAGUUGGCUGUUCAUUUAUGAGUUGCAGCUUGGUGUCAUUGGGGCUGCUAUUGCUCUUGAUAUUUCUUGGUGGGUUUUGGGUUUGGGGUUGUAUUUCUAUACUGUUGGGGGUUGGUGUCCUUUGACAUGGACUGGAUUCUCUGUUAAAGCCUUCCAUGGACUUUGGGAGUUUCUUAAACUCUCCAUUGCUGCUGGCCUCAUGCUCUGCUUGGAGAAUUGGUACUUUCGAAUCCUCGUAUUGAUGACCGGAAAUCUCGAAAAUGCUACGAUCGCUGUUGAUGCCUUAUCCGUGUGCAUGAGCAUCAAUGGCUGGGAGAUGAUGAUCCCUGUAGCCUUCUUAGCUGGUGUCGGAGUAAGAGUGGCAAACGAGCUUGGAGCUGGCAACGGGAAAGCAGCCAAAUUUGCAACAAUCGUAUCAGUGGCACAGUCAACAGUGAUUGGAAUAGCAAUAUGUGUUGUCAUAGUGCUAUUCCAUGGCAAGAUAGCACUGAUCUUCUCAAGCAGCAGAGACGUAGUGGAAGCAGUGGAUUCCCUCUCCAAUCUGCUAGCCAUUACCAUCCUCUUAAACAGCAUCCAACCAGUUCUUUCAGGCGUGGCUGUUGGAUCAGGCUGGCAAGCUUGGGUAGCAUACAUAAACCUCGGAUGCUAUUAUGGUAUAGGUCUCCCACUUGGUUUCGUCAUGCAAUGGUAUUACAAAUCGGGCGUAUCGGGCAUUUGGGGAGGGAUGUUGUUUGGAGGAAGUGCGUUUCAAACUCUGAUAUUGAUCAUCAUAACCAUUAGAACCGACUGGGAAAAAGAGGCUGUGAAGGCAUUGAAGCACGUAGAGGAGUGGUCGACACCUCAGGACAACGAGAAGCUUCUUCUGGCGUAAUAAUAAUAUUUUAAUAAUUAUAAUUGUGGUGUACCACUGUUCACACAAUUUUUAAUUUCUUGUAUUCAGAUAGUUCGAUUGUUU